AUGCAAUUGGGAUUUGCAAUGUUAGAGGCAGGCACAGUUAGGUAGAAAAAUAGUUCCAAUAUAUUGUUGAAAAAUAUGCUAGACACAUAUAUUGGAGCAAUUGCUUAUUAUUUGAUUGGAUUCGGUCUGGCGAAUAAUGCUAAUGGCGGCAUUAUCGGAAAUGCUUAGUUCGCAUCAAAAAAUUUUGGGCCACAUGAAUACUUAUAGUGGAUAUUUCAAUAUUCGGUUUGUUCAAAUAUUACAACAAUAGUAGCAGGUAGUUUAGCAGAGAGAACUUUUGUAGAUACUUACAUGAUCUUUGCUUUCUUAAUGACUAGUUUAAUCUAUCCUAUUUUAGCAUCUUGGGUUGUUGGGGGUGGAUGGCUAUAAUAACUUGGAUUUAAAGAUUUCGCAGGCUCAGGUUAUGUCCAUAUGCUUGGAGGUUGUAGUGGUCUUGUUGGGACAAUCAUUUUAGGCCCUCGACUGGGUAUUCUUGGAUCUACUCAAUAGUAGAGCUAGCAAACAGUAGUUCAAGGUUAGCCUUAAUCUUAUAAAAGGAAAAGUACUGGCUCCUUAAAAAACUAAUAGUUACCUGGAUUUAUUCACUAAAACUCUAAAAAUAAAUUCAUUAGUGAUUUCGAUCAAAAUUUUGUUAAUGCAGGAGGGAAUAAAGAUGAUAACUAAAUCAUAAAGAUCAAACAUUCAAGAUAGAUGUCUAUUAAUGAAUCAGCCAUUGGAAAUCAGAUAUCAGAUAGAGGAGAUGAUCCAGAUGAUCUUUAAGAUCUUUAGUAGAUCCAAAAUGCAAUUCAAUCAAAGCAGAAAAGAUCCUUUAGUAUAGCAUCCAGAGAUAAGAACUAUUUCAAUAGAAAAUUUGAGAUUUUACAUAAUGAUGAACCAGCUAAGUUGAAAGUAGAGAAAAUACUAGAAGAUCUCAAAAUAACUCCAAGUGAUUACCCUGGUUCCAGUGAAGUGCCCUAUUAUCCUCAUCAAAAUGAGAUAUAAGAUGCUAUCACUGAAAGCCCAAUAAAAUUUAACUAUGAUCCCUAUUAAUUUAGUAAAAAGACUCCUGGUAGAUUAGACAUGCAAGUAGGAUAAAAAGCUUAUGGAAAGUUAUUUUUGAGUCCAAGACAAAAGUAAAGAAUAAAGAAGAUAAGAGAGGAGUAUCCAGAAUUUUAGAUAGUUGAUGAUUUAUAGGUUAACUAAAUAAUUAAGCUUUACGACACAAACAUUAAAGCAGCCUUUAGACCUAAUAGUGUUCCUCUCAUUGUCUAAGGUACAUUAUUUCUAUGGUUUUGUUGGCUUUUCUUUAAUGGAGGAUCAAGUUUGUCAGUUUCAUAAGCUAAACUUAAAAAUUAGCCUGAAAAAGUAAUUAUGAAUACUUUAAUUUCAUCGGCAUCAGCAUGUGUGAGCAUUUUGUUUCUUAGACCCUUAUUAAUGCAAAAGUCAGACUUCACAGAAAAAUAUCCUACUUAGCAAAUUUGUAAUGCACUUAUAGUUGGAUUGGUGUCUAUCACAGGAGCAAGCAAUAAUGUCAAGCCUGGAGUUGCAUUGAUUAUAGGUGUCAUAGGGACAAUAUUUUAUUGUAUUGCUUGCAGAUUAUUUGAGAAAUUCAAAAUUGAUGACCCUCUUGAGGCUUCCUAAAUUCACGCAGUCUGUGGGUUAUGGGGAGUUUUAUGCAUUGGAUUCUUUGAUGAAACUCAUGGUUUAUUUUUCAUUUGGAAUGCCAGACAAUUAGGAAUAUAAGCUUUAGGCGCUUUUGCUAUCAUUGUAUGGUCCUGUGGAACUAGCUUUAUCUAUUUCUACAGCUUGAAUAAAGUAAAUAAAUUUAGAGUAGGACAUAUCUAUGAGAUUACUGGUAUGGAUGUAUUGAUGCAUGGAGGUACUGAUCUGUUAUCGAAUGAUAUGAUUAAUAAAAUUGAGCAGGAGUAGAGAACUCUUGCUAAUAGAAAUAAUAGAUGA